GUGCUCGAGAAGAUGGCGCUCGAGCAAGCCGGCGCAGGUGCGGGGGGUGCGGGCGGCGGCGCGGGCGAGCAGCAGUGCAACAGCUGCGAGGACCCGGAGCCCGCCACCAGCUACUGCGUCGACUGCGCAGAGUUCAUCUGCGACAGCUGCGUCAGCGCGCACCAGAGGCUGAAGAUAACCAAGGACCACACCAUCAAGUCGAAGGAGGAGGCGGUGGCGGAGCUGCAGGCGGCGCAGGCCAGCGCGCGCUCCGCACAGGACAUGUUCUGCCGCGACCACCCCCAGGAGCGGCUGAGCCUCUUCUGCGAGACGUGCGACCGGUUGACCUGCCGCGACUGUCAGCUGCAGCACCACCGCGACCACAA